GGAAGGAAAAGCUAUUGUCCAAGUCGUUUUCCGGGUGUAUGCUUGUUGGUGACUGUUUUAAAGUGUUGUCGCGGUGCUGAGCGGGACGCUGAGGUUCAGGAUGCUGCUGGUUUUGUCUGACGACCAUAAAGAACACCUGGCUUUCCUGCCGACGGUCGACACCGCAGUGGUUGGAGAGUUUGGUCGCAUUGCACUGGAGUUUCUAAGGAGAGGAAGCAGCCCCAAGAUCUAUGAGGGAGCAGCCAGGAAGCUGUCUGUUCCUGUGGAUAUGGUGCAGCACGGAGUGGAGGGCCUGAUGUUCCUGAUGACGGAGAGCUCCAAACACAUGAUCUCAGAAGUGGACUUCCUGGACUCAGUGUUAGCUCUGGGGUUCGGUGAUGAGCUUAACCAGAUGCUCUUACAGCUGUACCUGCAGCACCACAGUCAGAUCCGCAGCAUCCUGAGUCAGCUGCCCUCCAACCUGCCUGCCUACCAGAACCUGGAGUGGAGACUGGAUGUACAGCUGGCGAGUCGCUCGGCCCGUCAGCAGGUCAUUCCCGCGCUGACGAUGCGUCUGCUCCUAACGAGAGGCAGCGACAGCCGCAGUGACCACAGCAUCAGGGUCCUCCAGGCAGACCCCAGCACCCUCCUGCACCUCAUCUCCACACUGGAGGCCGCGCUGGCCGCCAUGAAGACCAGUCACUCUCGGCGCAUAUUACGCAACAUCAAAUAAUCGCCCAGGACACUCUCUGAUUAAUACGUGUGCCUCCUGUUAAACACCACAUUCCUGCCUUUACACCUGGAAAGCAUCAAGCAGUGUCUCUGUCUUCUUCAGUGCAGCGUUGACGGUUUCCUGUGAUUCGGUCCUGGAUGUUAAACCAGGUUUUUGCCCAUCUGACUGGGAAAUGGUCGUCGCUUUAUGACACUGGAGUCACGAUAUCUGCCAAACGGUAUUGACUAUGUUGUAUAUAAGAUUUCUACAGUGCUGCUGAUAUUGAAUUAAUCCUGUGUUUUCAUUCUGCAACUCCACUGUCUUUGUCUCUCGGCCCAGGAUUCACUGCAUUCACACACUUUUAACACACAUUAUUCAAACUGGAGAGAGUAGUGCAUUCAUUGGGAACUGUUCUCAGCAGCGGAUUAAUCCGCAUAUCCGCAUUUUGUGCUCCAGCGAGCUUUUCAGCAGGAUGGUGUAUGUGGGUUUGAGUCAAAAGAAACUAGAGCAUGAGCGUGUGGAUACACACAUGAUUAUAUAACUUUGGUUAUGUUCAAGAAAUUAAAUAAAAAGGGGUAACACUACAGCAAGGUGAAAGGAACACUGAGUAGUUAUCAAGGAACAAAUAAGAAACAAAUCAGAAAUGACCUGAUAAUUGAUAUGUAUUGAUAAAUAGUAUGAUACUCUUAAAUAAACCUAGUGUUGGCUGUCAAGAGGAGUCUGCAGGCACCCGGCAGAGUGCACCCAGUUGGUCUGUAAUGAGUUGUAACGAAAGCGUCCAGCUCUAAGAAGAGUCCUGGUUGUUCCGCACUUCUUCCAUGUGAGAAUGAUGGAGGCCACCGUUAGAACCAGAUCUGAUCCUCAACAUAAUCCUGUCUCUGAGCUGUGCAGGCACCUUCCUCCUCAUGAAUUGGUUUAUGCUCUGCUGUGCGUUGUCAGCAUAGAGUUGACCACAGGUGGACUCCUGUCAAGGUGUAGAAACAUCUCAGAGAUGAUGAGGAGAAAUGGGAGGAACCUGAGCUUAAUUCAAAGUGUCAUAGCAAAGUGUCUGAAUACUUCUGUCAAUGUGAUAGUUCAGUUUUUCCCUUUUAAUAAAUUUGCAAAAUAAAUUCUAAAAUCUUAAAUCCUGGUUCACUUUGUCAUUAUGGGAUAUUAAGUGCAGAUUGAUGAUUAAGACAACUGCCAGGUGGUCACUCAAAUGUUAUUAUUACCUUAUUUACUUAAGGAAUAAAAAUGUAAUAAAUAAAGUGUAUAUAUGUUGUAAUAAUAAAUAUCUCGUUCA